ACACAUGUGUUUUUAAAUAGUCAAAACAUUUAAGAAUGGCAGAGGAAAUGAAAAUGACUACUGAAAAGAAAAAGAAAAAGGCGAAAGUUAAAGUGUUUCAAAAGAAGCCCAAGAAAGGAGACUCGGAACAAAAUUUAAUUGACAAAUUAAAAUCCGGUUAUGAUUCUAUUGAUGCCAGUAGCAUUACGAAAUUCAAUGAAUUACCACUGAGUCCUAGAACACAAAAAGGCUUAAGAGAAUGUGGUUACACAAAACCUACAGAAAUACAAAAAGCUACGAUAGGGUUGGCAUUGCAAGGCAAAGACAUAUUGGGUGCUGCCCAAACAGGUUCAGGAAAGACAUUAGCAUUUUUAAUUCCUGUUCUGGAGUGCUUAUUCAGAAAUCAAUGGACAAAAUUAGAUGGGCUUGGUGCACUGGUUAUUACACCCACAAGAGAGUUGGCCUAUCAAAUCUUUGAGACUUUAAGGCGCAUUGGAGAGCACCAUGACUUCUCUGCUGGGUUGAUUAUUGGAGGAAAAGAUCUAAAAUUUGAAAGGAAUAGGAUGGAUCAGUGUAAUAUUAUUAUUUGCACACCAGGAAGACUGUUGCAGCAUAUGGAUGAAAAUCCUUUAUUUGAUUGUAGUAAUUUAAAGGUUUUAGUUUUGGAUGAAGCAGAUAGAUGUUUAGAUAUGGGAUUUGAACAAACAAUGAAUGCUAUCAUAGAUAAUAUUCCAGUUGAAAGACAGACUUUCUUGUUUUCAGCCACACAAACAAAAUCCAUUAGAGAUUUGGCUAGAUUAAGUCUAAAAGAUCCUUCAUAUGUAUCUGUGCAUGAGCAUUCUGAAUUUAGUACUCCAAAAGAUUUGGAACAAAGUUAUGUAGUUUGUGAAUUGAAAGAUAAAAUUUCUAUUUUAUGGAGCUUCAUUAAAAAUCAUUUGAAACAAAAGAUUAUAAUUUUUUUUUCAAGUUGUAAACAAGUUAAAUAUGUUUAUGAAAUAUUUUGCAAAUUAAGACCAGGUACUAGUUUAUUACCUUUAUAUGGUACUCUUCACCAGCUUAGAAGAAUGGAUAUUUAUGAAAACUUUUGUAAAAAGAAUGCAGCUGUGUUGUUUGCCACAGAUUUAGCAGCAAGAGGUUUAGAUUUCCCAGAAGUGCAUUGGGUUGUACAAGCUGAUUGUCCUGAAGAUCCAGCUACCUAUAUCCAUAGAGUAGGAAGAACAGCUAGAUAUCAAAGAGGAGGGGAAAGUCUUUUGUUACUUUUAGAAAGUGAAACUAAAAUAAUUGAAAAGUUGAAAGAAAAGAAAAUUCCUAUCAACAAAAUAGAUAUCAAUCCUAAUAAACUGGUGAAUCCUGUCAGGAAAAUGGAGGCAUUCUUAGCCAAGGAUCCCAAUUUAAAGGAUACAGCUCAGAGAGCCUUUGUUUCUUAUGCAAAAGCAAUAUUUUUGAUGAAGGACAAAGAAGUAUUUGAUGUUCAGGCCUUGGAUACAGAUUCUUUUGCUCAUUCUUUAGGUUUGGCAAUUCCCCCCAGGAUAAGAUUUUUACAGAGAUUAAAUGCCAGAACUUCUGGGAAAACAUCAAAACCUGCUAUCCCUCCUAGUAGUAACAAGAAAACCUAUUUUAAUACUGAAAGUGAUGAAGAAGAAACUGGUAGUAAGGCUGAAAUUUCUGAUUUCCAGAAGAAUGAGUCUGAAGAUAGUGGAGUCAGUAAUGAUGAAGAUUAUAGUGCUAAUAAUAAAUCUUCUGUUCCAUUCCAAAUACCAGAUGAAGAUGAUAGUGAUGAUGACAUUCUACAAGUAAAACGUAAGGACCAUGAUAUAGAACUACCUAAUGAGGAAGAGAUGGAACUACUAUCUAGAGGAAGAAAUGUAAAGAAAAAAGCAGUAACUAAAGCAGCAGUUGCUAAGAAACUUCUGAAAAAGAAGAUAGUUCCAAAUAAAAAGAUUGUUUUUGAUGAAGAAGGAGAUGUCAUAAUUUCUGGAACCAAGGAAAAGAAAUCUGAAUUGGCACAACAAUACGAAAACGAGAAUGAAGGUGGUAUAGAUAUAGAGAAGGCAAAAUUAGUACUCAAAGAAGAAGAUAAAUUUGACAAACAAUUGUUCAAAGAAAAAGUAAAGGCAAAACACAAAGAAACUAAGAGAAAAUUAAAGGAACAGAAAAAACAAGAGCAGGAGGCAGAAAAGGAUGACUUUGGUGAUGAUGAAUCAGAAGAGGAACCAGAUUUGUCAUGGCUGCCUGAUCCAGAUAAAAUAUACGGACAAAAAGACGACGAUGAAAUGCCUGAAUUUUACAAGCCAAGUGAUGAUGAUAAUGAGAACGUUGGCAGUGAUGAAAUAGAACCUGAGCCUGUCAAGGAAAAGAAAAAAACGAAGAAACGAAAAUUAAAGGGAAAAAUGGACAACCUGGAAACUGUGCUUAAGAAGAAGAGGAAACACCAGGUAGAUGACAUUACUUCUUCCUUAAAUGUUAACGAAGCUGAGGAACUCGCAUUAAUGUUGUUAAAAAAUAAGUAAUGUUUAUAUUUAUUAUAUUUUAUUAAUAUAACAAUAACAAUCAAUAAAAA